UAUCAAAUUUCCCCAGGAUCUAAUAAUCCAACAAUGCCGGUUGACAGGCUAGACGGCUCGGUAUGAUACCUAUGGUGUACCCUGGUUUUUUCUUUUUUAGUUUCCUUUUCUCUUCUUUUCUUCUUUUUUUUUUCUUUCUAGGUAUCGACGGCCUUGAUGGCCAGAAAGCCGGGGAAGCUAAAAAAAAAAAAAAAGAGGGACGGACUUGGACGGGGGCAAUUGCACGUCAAGUAGAACAAGAUGGCGAAAUCGGCGCAAGCUGCAUUCCUUUACUUUCCCUUUCCCUACUUUCCAAUUGUUUGGCGCUGGCUGGUCUUGACUGGUUGGCUCAUCGAAGCGGUCAAAAAAGUGGUGAUUUUGUCGCAUAAGAGCCGACCAGCCGCCAGACCAGCGCCAAAACAAUUUGGCUUUUGGGCAUUUAGGGUCUUAGGGUCUUGCUUUGUUCACCUUUGUGGUGCUUUGGGGCCCGAAUGGCGACAUUCUAGACCGAUAACCUUCCGAAGUGCCGGGCCCCACUACGGCUGUCGGGGCUUCGACAGCUCAGGAAUAGCCUGGUGGGAUCUGGGGUAAGUGCACCUUAAAAGCACCUGAGCACCUUAAAAUAGACCCAGUUCCGGUU